AUGAUGCUGGUAGAUAUGGUGGUAGUGGCUAUGGCGCCAAUGAGUAUGGCGCUAGUGGAUAUGGCUCUAGUGGAUAUGGUGCCAGUGGUUAUGGUGCUAACGGUUAUGGUCCUAACGGUUAUGGUGCUAGUGGUUAUGGUGCCAGUGGUUAUGGUGCCAGUGGAUAUGGCGCCAGUGGAUACGGUGCGGGCUAUGGGGCUAGCGGAUACAAUCCAAACUUUGGUUCGUCACCAAAUGGUUAUGAAAAUAUCGGAAACGGAGGAUAUGGUGGCUUUGGAGGCAACGGCGGUU